AAGCAAGCUGCCGUUAAACUCUAAAACAGAAGAAGAAGAAGAGGCCUCCACGGCGGUUUCGUGUUCGAAACUGGCUAGAAACUACGAAAGACUGAGUGGUUAGCGAGAACAACUGUCAGUUUUUGACAUUUAAGUUAAAAUAAAGAAGAAAAGUACGUUUCUUAGCACAGAGCCUAGAAUGACAGAUAGGAAACCGUGUAAGGUGUGCAAUUUCACACGACAGCAAUCAUACGGACUGGUGGUUCCUUCCUUAGAUGAGCUGAAGAUAAAAGGAUGUGAGUUUCUCGGGUUUAGCUCUGCUGAUCCGGUCACAGUGGUCCUGGAGGAGGAUGGGACAAUAGUACAGGAUCAGGCCUACUUCUUGUGUUUACCUUUAAACACAAAGUUCAUGCUGUUGCAUGAAAAAGAGACAUGGUCUCCAGUUCGCAAGAUGGAUGGUGGAACAGCCUGGAUGGCCCGGAACUCUGUGGUGCUGGGAGCUGACGCUGUGGACUCCUCUAGUGCUACAGCACCCUGGUGGCACCUGGCUCAGCAGCUGAAGCAGGACAUUGCAAGCAUCAUCCUCAUGUCUGAGGAUGACUUACAGACCUUAGUGGACGCCCCAUGUCCUGAGCUGGCCUCUGCUAUGGGCUUCCAAGAGAAGAAGGCCGAGGACCUGAAGGAGACACUGCAGAGGGUUCUGGACCGACGAGAGGAGGAGCGGCAGUCCAAGGAGCUGCUCCAGCUUUACCUCAAAGCUGCAGAGAAAGAAGACAGACAGCAGGAGGAGCCAAGCCAGCCCAGCCAGGAAGGGGCUGGAGAUGGAGAUGGGGACGGGGAUGUGGAGGUGGAUGGCAUGGAGGUGGACUCUGCAUCUGGAUUCAUGUCCAGGACACUGAUGGUGCUGAAAGGCAAAACAAGCCCAGAGACCAGACUCUCCACUGAGGAUCUGCAGGCAGUUGUGUCCAGAGGGGUGGAAGCGAUGGAGCAGGUGCUAGGCUGGGACACAACAAGGACGUCUGCACUGUUGCAGGCCUGCGAAGCCGAGCUGAGCGGACGUCUCCAGCAGGCUCAGGCCGUGCAGUCCAUCAGGAGCAACACACAGCAGGACAGUGAGCAGAGCGCAGAGGAGGCUGAAGAAACGCCAGCCAAAGGCAGCAACUAGGCCGAGCUUUCACCUGAGCAGAGACUGAUAAGGAUUCACACUACCUGCCUCAGGGUCAGAAGAAUGGGCUUUACCCUGGGUUACUGAUAAAAAUCCAUAAUGCUGGAAUCCAUGAAUGUUUAUAAUGUUGAUGUUCAUUUUGUAAAAUUUGUAAACCACUUGAAUGUGUUUGCCUCAAGUGGAAGGAGAGUUAUUUGCACAAGUCAUGUUUAUCAAAGGCAUAGCGUUAACCACUGGCAAUAACUUUCUAUUGGCUCCUUAUUUUGAUGAUGCCGUGCUGUGAAAGUAAUCACAGAUAAACAUAUCCAUGGGAAACCUAAAGCAAAAUAUUUUGAGAAAUAUGCUUAUUGGCUUUCUGAGAGUUGGAUGAGAAGAUCUUUGUCCAGUAUGAAGCUGGAGCUAGCAGCUAGUAACAGGUUCCACCUACCAGCACCUCGUAAUCUCACUAAUUAACACAGUUUAUCUUCCUGUAGUCUCUACUGGGUGUCUGGCAACCUCACAGCAAUGACAAGACUCCAGAAAGCCACUAUACCCAGCCAAGAAAUAGUGCACCUGUAAAACCACAUUUUGUCUGGUUUACACUUUGUUUUUGUAUGAUUAAACCAACAAAAUAUAAUAUGUUAACUGGUGAUCGUUAGAGGUCCUAGUAGGCAAAUUUUCUUACCUUUCAGACAGAUUCAGUCUCGCUGUUUUUCCUUGUUUCAAGUUUUUGUGCCAAGCUAUGCUGCUGGCUCAUAGUCGUUUCAAUCUUCUCAUCUAACUCUUGCAAAGCAAGCAAACAAGCAUAUUUGCUAAAGUCAUUGCAUUAAAGUGUUAGUUUGGAGUAAUUGAAGUGGGUCAGACAGCCCUGUUUAACUUAAACAGAUUAUUGAUACCUGAUUACAUGCUCCUGCUUAUAUCUUCUGUAGUCAUUCCUGCAAAAAGAGACCUUUAUGUUGCCUCUAAUUUUAUAUAGUUUUUACUUUUUUUGUCAGUUUUAAAGGACACUAGUAGACUGAAAAUAUGUGUUUACCAUAUGUAUGUUUUCCCAUACAUUUUCCCAUAGACAUUUUUGUAAAUAUGCACUUACCUAAAUGUUUUGUACCAGUCUUCCUGUAUGUGUUUAUUGGUGUAAAAUGUCAUCAUUGACUGAUGUGUGACCAUUUAGAGAAUCUAAACAUGGAACAAUGAAUGGUAGGAAUAGUAAAAAUGCUGACAUCAACCAAAUAUAUUUGUAUAAAAGCUAAAUUUGAAUGCGAUACGCACAGUAAUUCAUCAUUAAAAUAAUAAAGAGUACGACAAGAUAUCAUUUCAUACAGGGAAGCUUCGCUGAACACAUUAUGGGAAAGAAUGGCAGAGCUUCAUCUCAUGAGCUGCAAAGAACCAAUAUUUCUGGAUGAGAGCUUGUUUAACACCAUCGAUUAUAUACUAUUAUGGAAGUUAUGCAUCAGUCCAGUGGCUGCGUGAUGUAAGAUGGUGUGUGCAACGUGUGCAGGUCGGUGUGACUCAUAGUCCAUGAAGAAGAUAGCCUUUGUCAUGCCUGUCAUCUCAUCAUCAGUCUCUUGAACAAUGAACACAAAUGAUGGUGGAUGAAUUUGCAGAGGGAUCAUCUUUUUGUGUUGCGAUGAGAUUGAGAUGUCACUGUCGCCUUGUACUUUAGUAUUAGAUACAUGGAAAAGAAGAUAAUUCAUCAGUACUGUGUCUGCAUCACGCAGUUUCACCAAAACUAAACUUCUCUCUGCUGUAUUAUAACCCUAGCAAUUGUUAUGUGUCAGUUCCCCAACACAUACACACUUUGUAUUUAAUUUAAACGUACGACAAAUGUAUUAAAAAACGUUUUUUUAUGAGUGUACACAUUAUGUGAUUAAGAUGCCUUUUAUAAACAUUGAAUGGUGGUAGCAGGGAUUUUCUAAAAUAAACCAGCCGUUACAUUUUUUUUUUUGGCAUGCCAAGAUCUUUGCAAGAAUUUUAGCAUCAAGAGUGAAAAAUGUAUGAACUUCAGCUGAAAAACUAAUGGUUUGAGAUAACCGUUUGAUGCAUAUUUGGAGGUAAAGAUUUAAUAAAGGAAAAAGAAUAUUUGAAUACCAACAA